AUGUUUUCACAUUUCUUUCCCUCUAGUCGAGAAUUCUUCAGCGAACUCUUUCGGCGCUACCUUCAGUACACCGCUGCACUAGGGUCAGUGAAUUCGUCAUUUGGUGGCGGUGGUGGUGGUGGAAGGAUUCCACGUGGAAAACGUGGUCGCAGUAGGCGUGGAAACCACUUGCUUUCAAUGCGAUGCCUCUGCUUGAACGCGAUGGCAAUUGUCUAUGGACGGUGUCAUGCAGAAAUUGGGGCUGUUUCAGACAUUCCUCUCCUAGUGCACCUCAUGGAUAGAACGCCGUCGGCUGCAGAGCGCGACUGUCUUAUCACGUUAUUGGAGAAACUGAUGAUUAAUAAGUACAACGCGGAUGAGUUCCUCGAAGCCGACGGUGUGCGUGUGGUCACCGACCUUGCGUGUCUCUCGCAUCUCCACACCUCACGCGCACCUGUCCCCACGGCAACGAACGUGCUUAAAGGAGACGUUGACAGUCCGGAGGCAGCGGAGGGUGGUGGAGCGACACAGCGUGAGUGGUGGUACUGGCGUGCUACCGAACCGCGUGGCUCAGAGGGACCCUUCACUUUUGCCGAGGUCUAUCCUCUCCAUUUACAUCUGAAUGUUCAACAACCUUUGUGA